AUGUUGUUCAACAUUCUUGUUAGUCAACUCUUUCUGCUUUUUCUUAGCUGCUCGCCCGUCUUUGCGGUCCCAAUCAAUGGAGCUGGGGGUGAAGCAGACCUGCUUGCGCGUGCUGGCAACAAUGGCAAGGGCACAUCGAAAAGCAAUCCCAAAGAUGCAACAUUUGACGUUGCCGGAUGGGAAGACAUCGCGGAAGAGGAUUGCUAUGUAAUGCUUUGCUUGAAGAAUGGAGAAAGAACCUGGCAAAGAAACCCUACAACUGGUCUCAACAAAGCCCAUUACCGAAAGUCUGGAGCAGCAGCGAAACCCUUCCAAAAGGACCAUGUGCCCAAGCGCCAUACCGGGCAAAUCAAUCCCCAGCCUGGAGAAAGGACAGAGACCAAUAGUGCAGAAGAGUUUCCCUGGGAGAGUAUGUCCCAAGGGGGCUCAAACGCCGAUUUGCUCCCUGCCACUCGGCAUGAACAAAAAUUGCAAGGAGCUGCUAUUACGAAAGGCUUUCAUGGUAGCGAUAUUAACCUCGGCGACUGGUUCAAAAUCACAUUUACAGGCAACCUGGGCCCCAUUUGCCAGGCGCUACAUCGAGAUCCCCCAGACGACAGUAUUUGCAAAAAGCCCGAGGUUUCCCUCUUUGGCAAGAAAAUAAACCUCAACGACUGGGUCUGGUACAUGGCUAAGGUUGGAGGGAGCCUCGCAUACUAUCAUGCAGCUGGCAGCUCCAAAGGCAAGAUUGGGAAGCGUAUGAGCCCAAUCGGAGUCCAUACUUAUAACGACGAAGGAUACCAGUUCGUCGAGGGGCGCGAUGAGGAUUUCAAGAAUGGUGACAUUCCACCUAUCGUCAAGCUGCAUGGGGAUUUCGAAGAUGGCAAGCUCGAUGCCCUCGAGGCACGCGCAGAACAUUACACAGAUGGAAAGCCCGCUUCGCUCGAGAUGUUCGAAGCAGAUCUCGAAAACAUGGAGAUUACUGAAGAAGAUUUGGAGAUUAUCAAGCCAUGA